AUGAUUCUGUACUCUAAUUUUAUAGUCAAUCAAGUGGAUUUGGAUGGAAAUGUUGUUCAUUUGACUUCCAUAGAUGCACCAAUGGAGACAGCAGAGGAACAUGAAUCAAAGACUACAAAACAACCAAAUGGUAACCAUUAUAGUGAAAUUGAAUCGUUUAGAGCCCUAGUUGGUGACUCUGAUGCCAACUCCCUAAAGGAGUUUAUAGAUAAGAUAAAUUCAAACGAUGAAGAUGGAGUUACAGUUACCAAUACCUCCAUUGUUCUUUCUCCAAGUUCUGAUAAACCAAGGGCGUUUGGAUUUUAUGGUACAGAAGAUAAGUGUGCUGUAACAACUCAAAGGGGGGUGGUUGCAUAUUCUGAGGAUAUUGUAAAAGCAACAGCAGAUGCUUUUGGAAAACAUGGAUUUGUAAUCUACUUUGAUAUGCAGAGAUUUGGGAGUAGUUCUAUACCUACUCACCUUAUUGGUGCUAAAUUACUUAAAGGAGAAUGGAAAGAAGCAGUGAGCAUGAUUCUUGAUCCAAGGGAUGGUGAUAUCCUUUUAGUUUCUAAAAUCAUCAUUUAA